AGGAGAUCACGCAAAUGAGCUAACUUUUUUAGGAGUUCGGAGACGCUGCAGGAAUACCUUAGCCUCGUUGCGUUGCCCUACACACUUCUACACUCGACCGACACUACCAACACACCUUUGCGAAAAUCUUCUUUAUCUUGAGAACAUAUAGAGAUAGAUGUGAACACUACAUUCGGUGUUGCGACAAUGCAUAGUGAUGGAGCCUUUCGCUUACAUGCCUGCAUCAGGCCUAUCGCGACAUUCGACAUGCGGUUUUGUGAAACUGCAAUCGUGCCAGAGGGCAAGUUUCAUGUGGGCGCACCGAAGGUUUACAACCCUUGUUCCCGCCAUCCUAUGUACGAUUAUACGACUAUACGAUUAUACGUGGUUUGGCCUCGGCGUGUGUAAGGUGGUAAUAAGGUUAUGUGGUACCUAUGGUAGAAUGGGACGGCGCAGAGAGCUUGAUAAUUUUUCUCGAAGUGGCGAUGAAUAGCUUUCGAUUGCGUUCUCGGAAAUGCUGUUUAUCUUGGAAGUUGAACAAGGUGGAAUGAGAAUAAUAUGUACAUGUGAAG